AUGUCUCUGAUGAUGGAUUCGAGUGAGAAUCCGAAACGUCAGACAAAUAAAUUUCUUGUUCCAGUGAUCGCAUCUUCAUCUUCUGAACUGCUACCUGGGACUCGCCUGUUUGCUUCUAUCGGUGAUGCAUCAACCUCCACCCUCCUCAGUCACACCCCGCAACGCGCCGCAAAUCAGCGUGAAUGGGACCCAACUGCAAGUGGUGGAGAACUUCCCGUACCUGGGCAGUACCCUCUCCCGCAACACCAAGAUCGACGGCCACAUGCGCAUCCCCGACGACCUGCGGUAGACAACCUCCGGCUAUACCACACCACAACACCCUCCCUCCCUUCCUCCUCCACCACCACCACCACCACUACUACCACCACCACCACUGCCGCCACCACCACCACCACUGCCACCACCACCACUACCACCGCUACCACCACCACCACCACACAUAAAAACUCACACACCUCAUGCACUCAACUGUCACCUCCCACGCAAGUGGGAAGUGUGCAUCUCGACUCGGUCCCCAUGCGGCUUCGGCUGCACGGGUGA